AAUCAAACGUGAAAUCCUUAGGAAGGUAACUUGACCUUGGUGCUGUCCACAUGGCCAUAAGGAACAUAACCUCUUGAGACGACUCCCUUUGACUCAUAACAGGGAGUAGAGAAAUAGCCGAUUGUUUUCUUACCACUCCACUUGAAAAAGCUGCUUCCGCAUUGUCUCACAUUUUAUUUUUAGCCAAUAUUUUUAGGCAAUGGCCGGUAGGAACCAUUUUAAAGAAGUAGGUCCUCACCCCUUCCUUAAAAUGUAAGGUCUAUAAUCCCUGAAGCUACCAGCCAGUCUCAAAACUUUCAUUUACCGAAAUGAGAGCUUUGAGAGUAUGUGUUUACUCAGCUUUUAGCUGUAAUGAGUCAAAACUGCUUUUUACGCUAAAGCUUUAUUUACUAUCUCACACUCGGGUCAGGGAUUACAAUUUGGAUUUCAUUUUAAAUAUGAUACACUUAAUGGCAACCAAUAUGUAUACACUUAAGUAAAAAUGAAAGAGUAACCAGCGGUUUAUCUUCUCACCUUAAUGCAGGGACUGCAGGACACUGUGACAUCACAACCUCAUAAUAAAAUUAGGAAACAAGACGUUUUCAAAUGAUGCUUACUCAUUGUAUUCAAUGCUUUGUGUUAUACCACUUCAGAAGAUGUUCUUAACAGCAGGAAAUGUUUGUCCUUUACACACAUUAUCACACAAUUAUUACACGUACAUCGAAAAUCAAUAUUAAUUUCCGUGCUGAACACACAUUUAUUUAUGAAAACAAAACUGUAGCAUUUGAUUUGGAUUCCCCUUAUCAUGUUCAUUGUGUUACAAACAGUUCAUAAAUAAUUAGGCAGCUCCAAGAAAUAUUUGAUGCCUAAUCAGAAAUGAUGUGCAUUGGCAGUAAGUGGGACAGCCUUGCUUCCCUUUUUUGAGAAUGAAAUCUUAAAAUACAUUGUUUUAAGGAUGUAUACAUCUGGAAUAUUUCAUAGAUUUACACACUUAAACCUCCAUUUGGGCAUCAGUUGAAGAUUUCUUUCACUUCUCUAAAUUCAGCUAUUUUGGUGUAUUUGAGUCCAGUCUACACACUGAAGGUGACCAGGCUGAAAUCACAAACUUUGUUGAACUAAUAUAAAGUCUAUAAAGACAUUUUUAGUCUCAUCUGUGAUAUAAUUUUAUUAUGUGUAAAAUAGUAAUGGAAAAACAGUAAUGACAUUACAGUUCAAUGUACUGCUAACAACAUUGGAAACAUAAGACAGACUUAAUUUCCUCAUAUUUAAUUAUCUGGAAAUAUGAAAUAAGCUCCUUAUUUAGCAUAGCAUCAGAUUCUGUUGAAACUUGAGAAAAAGAACAAAUAAUUGAACACAGACGUUGUCGGUUUUUGUCUGAAAUUCAGGUGAUGAAAUGGAGAACAGACAUUGUGAGACUUGAGUGACGAAGAAACAAACUCAGUUUCCCAGACUUAUUUGCUGCAAUGCAAACAGCACAACCAAUGAAACUGUUUUGUGGAGACACCUUCCUGUUUUGUGGUGUGAAGUUGAAGAGGACGCCGCAUGAAUUACUGUCACAAAGCUCUAUCAAGCCAGAGACUAGAAGACAACUUCUGGAAAUGGCGCAAGAGGACCAGAGUGAGACAUCACAACAAACAGCAGCCAGCGACGAAGAGCAGGGGACAGAGAGCCAGGUACUAACCUCAGUCACUGCUGAUUAAAUGUCAGUUGGCCUUCUGGCAGCAGUCUGGGCAAUUUCCAUCCGUUACAGUUAAUCAGUGACUACAGACAUGACUGCUCAGAGUGAGCUGUGUUUUCAUUUCCUUUUUUUUUGUGAAUUUUAGAUAGUGGCCAAUUUUUUUCAAGUGCUGAAUGUGUGAGUACAGUUGUUUCAUCUUGAUGGCUUAUUGUGAAAUGAGUAACAAGGAAUAUGUGAUUCUGCUUUGUAUCCUGAGAGGGCCAAUGAAACGCACGCACAUCUCGCCCCAUGAGACACACCACAAUAUUUUCAUUGCACAUACAGAAACUGCCGGAGGUCUUCACAAGCCAGUAUUCUGGCUUCUCCCUCUGUCAUUGAGAUCCUCUAUGACUCUAUGACUGAAUGUGAAGAAGAAGCGAGGCCCAAGCUAGUGCUAAUGGAGGAGAAGGCAUUUGUAUCAAGUCUGCACUCUUUUAUGAAGGACAGAUGUACUCCUAUAGAAAGGAUUCCACAUCUGGGCUUCAAACAGAUUAAUCUUUGGAGGAUCUUCAAAGCUGUUGAGAAACUUGGGGGCUAUGAUUCAGUGACCGCACGGCGUCUUUGGAAGAAAGUGUAUGAUGAGCUGGGAGGAAGUCCAGGUAGCACCAGCGCUGCUACUUGCACUCGCAGACACUAUGAGAAGCUGGUGCUGCCCUUUGAAAGACAAAUAAAAGGAGAGGAGGACAGACCUCUGCCUCCAAGCAAACCCCGGAAGCCAUAUAAGAGAAAUUUGGAUGGCAAGGUCAUCAAGACUGAGAGGAAGAGGAAAAUGACUCAGUCGGAUAGAGAGAUGGACUCAGAGAUAGAGAUACUCACCCAGAGAAGUCCAGAGGCUGCCUGCCAAAGUGAAGCAGUGAUGCAUCCUCACCACGCUCACUGGGCCGCCACCUCUGAUAGACAUCGCCCAGACUGCUCUCUGCCAAACAGAGCCACCACCGGUCUUUGCGCUUCUGUCUAUGCCCACCUCGUCCAGGUCCCCACAUCCAGCCCGUUGACUGCUCAUAUCCCGUCUGCUGCCGGAGAGGUCAUCUCUCCUCUGGAGAAAAAAAAGCGGAUGGCUCAGGCGAGCCUUAACUUGCCACUGAAUCCUCACACUGAGGAUAAAGAAAGGCCCUCCGUCAUUCACUGCUCCCAGUCUCCGGCCCGAGCUUCUUCCAGCCGGAACUGUGACUCCUCUGACAGCUCCCCGCUGCCUUCAUCCCCUUCCUCUUCACGCAGCCCUUCCCCUUACUCUGUUUCAUCAGAGGACGGUGCAGAAGGAAAUGAAGAUAAUCCUGCAUCAGGCUCUGAACUUUCCCAAAACUGUACCAGCUCUGUGAAAAAUACACCCAGCUGUAGUGAGGAAAGGAAGUCUGUGAGCUGUAGUCAGAUAUCCAAAGACCCUGCAGGACAGAAUAAAGACAUCAGAUCCCAAUCAGCAGACUCCAUUAAGGUCCACAAUAAAGACUCUGACUGGAAGUCAAUCCACAAAGGGAGCGGCAAAUAUUCCAGCCAACCUUUUCAGUCAUUCUCCUCUCCCACGGUGAGAUUCGAUUGGGCUCCAACAUCUACCUCUAGUUUCACCAAAGUUAUUCCAAAAUCUGUGCAGCUUCUGCGGCCCGCUCCUAUUCGGCCAGCUUAUAAAAUCCAGCAGGGCAGGUAUAUGCAGCAGGACGAGUCUCCGACUUGUGCGAAGAAGCUGAACAACAUGGCACCGUGGCUCUAUCAGACAGAGAAGAGGGAGAAAUCCAGGACAAUGCAGCAGAAAGUCCCCCCCACUCAGCAGAGUCUGGCCCAUUCCACCGCCAGUCUGCCGGUGUCGUGCGUCCUGUCGAGCUACGACAAAUCAAGGAGAGACUCCCGACACCAGCCUCUAUUACACCCUGCUUUUCUCCCCCACAGAAUGAGACUACCUCAAUCUCAGCUAAUAUACCGACACGUCCCGAUGAGUCCAGUUCACUCUGCUCUCAUAGGGUCUGCUGUUUACCCAUAUCCCUACGCCAUUCCUCUGUUAAAUCCCCAAACUGGAUAUGCCCUACCUGCCAUGCAUCCCAUUUACCAUCACAAGCUGUGAUUCUUUGUAUUUCAACUCUAGACUUCAAUAAUAAUAAUAAUAAUACAUAAGCGCAGUUUGUUUCGUUUUUAGACUGUAGAAGGCAGCCAUUGAGCUUGUUGGCCUCCUUGUCUAUUGCUCAUAGUCAUUUUGGUGAAGCCCUACUUGUGUUUUACACAUGGCGUAAAUAUGCAACACAGAAAUAUUUAGGUGAUGUGGCUUCACACACAGCCAUCCCCCAGUAGUAAUCUAGUUACUGUAAGAUCAUUAGCUGUGUGACUGUGUUGACCUUCUGUGCCCAAAACCAAACUACGCUGAAGGGAAAUGAAGUCACAGCAUUGAUGGCUAGAGAUACAGUAUUUAUAGGAUCACAGAGAAACAGGUUCAAUCGUGUUUAAAACGGAUGAAUCAUUUUCUAUCUCUUAGCAGAACUGUGCAAAAUGUACUUAUUAAAUGUAUGUAUUAUGUUAUAUUGCUACAGUAUGAUUAAAUGCCAAACAAAAAGGCAGAGUGCUUGUUCAAUGAUAUAUUUUUGUGAUUAUGCCAAAUUCUCAAUAGCUGGCCUGAACAUAACCAGUUAAACUAAACAAAACCACAGUUGUUGCACAUUUGUUCUCACUUGCACAAUUUCAAUACUUUGUGUUGAAAGCAAAGAACCUUCUUGUUGUACUGUAUUGUGAAGUCUGUUGAACAUAAUGCUACUUUAUAAAUACUGUAGCUAUGUAUCAAUGUUUAGAUGUUUUCCAAAGAUACCAUAAGCGGAUCUCAUUGUCAUGCGGAUGUAUUUAAACAGAGAGUAAGGAAAUUAUGACAGAAAAAUGACAAAAAUAAACAUUAGAAAUGUAUGAAAAA